AUGGCCCUUCUUUGCCGUCAAACUUCCUUUUAUGUUGUAGCCUCAUUCUUCUCUCUUACUGUUCUAGUCUGCUUUCAAUGCCAGGUAGCUUCUUCAGCUCUGUUGUUAAGCAUGAAGCAUCACCAUAACCAUAUAAACCACCAGAGACCUAUGCUCCAAGCCAACCAAAGCACUUGUUCACUGUUCUUGGGUUCUUGGGUCCGUGAUGAAUCAUACCCUCUUUACCAAUCUUCUAGCUGUCCAAUCAUAGACCCAGAAUUCAAUUGCCAAAUGUACGGUCGCCCAGAUUCUGAUUACCUCAAAUACCGUUGGAAGCCCCUCAACUAUAACCUCCCAAGGUUCAAUGGGGUGGAGUUUCUGGAGAAUAUGAAAGGAAAAACCGUGAUAUUUGUUGGUGACUCUUUAGGAAGGAACCAAUGGCAGUCUUUGAUUUGUAUGUUAUCUGCUGCAGCACCUCAGACACAAACACAGUUGAUCAGAGGAGAUCCUCUCUCAACCUUCAGAUUCUUGGACUAUGGUGUGAGCAUUUCAUUUUACAGAGCUCCUUAUUUGGUGGAGGUGGAUGUGGUCCAAGGGAAGAGAAUUCUGAGGCUGGAAAAGGUAGAUGGGAAUGGUGACGUAUGGAAGAGUGCUGAUGUGUUGUCAUUUAACACAGGACAUUGGUGGACUCAUCAAGGAUCUCUUAAGGGGUGGGAUUAUGUAGAAUUAAGAGGUAAAUACUACCCAGAUAUGGAUCGCUUGGCAGCUUUGGAAAGAGGUAUGAAAACAUGGGCUAAUUGGGUGGACACCAGUAUUGAUAGAAGCAGAACCAAAGUGUUCUUCCAGGCAAUUUCUCCCACACACUACAACCCAAAUGAAUGGAAAGUGGGUGGGACAAGUGUGAUGACAACAAAGAAUUGCUAUGGUGAAACUGCACCAAUCAAUGGCACAAGAUACCCUGGAGCAUACCCUGAACAAAUGAGGGUUGUGGAUAUGGUUAUUAGAGAGAUGAGAAACUCUGCAUAUCUUUUGGACAUCACAGUGUUAUCAGAAUUAAGGAAGGAUGGACAUCCUUCCAUUUACAGUGGUGAAUUGAAUCCUCAGCAAAGAGCUAACCAUGAGAGAGUCGAUUGCAGCCAUUGGUGCCUUCCUGGAUUGCCUGAUACUUGGAAUGAACUAUUUUAUGCUGCUUUGUUCUACUAA